GACGCCGGUAAAGUUAUACCUACCCGUCAUGUCCAAGCGGCCGGCCUUUCCUGCACCGUUAGAUCGCCCACCCCGAAGUCUAGACCACCACUGAGACGAACGCGACGCAACCCACGUAGCCAUUCCGCGAAUUCUCCGGUUAAAGGCGCCUCUGGAAUCUCGCUUCGUUUUUACGUGUCGCUCCUACAAGAAAGCUUUCGUGAAUUCUCUCUCUCUCUCUCUCUCUGUUGAGUGAUCGGCCGGUCGGAGGACGACGGCGGUGAUGCUGGUCGAUGCGAACGCCGUCCAUUUCCUGCAACUCUGGAGUUCUCGGAGUCCCCUUCGUUCUAUUCUUGUUUGCUUAAUUUCCUUUUGUUUGUGUUCUCUCUUCUCCUUGGCAAACUCUGACUGACAACCCUACAAUACCGUCCCUCCCAGAUCGAGGGAGAAAGGGGCAGGAAAGAUGUUGAAGGAUCAAGUAGCGUUUCUGCUUCAGAAGUACCUCGGCAAUUACGUCCGAGGGCUCUCCGCUGAGGCGCUGAAGAUCAGUGUGUGGCAAGGAGAUGUGGAACUGACGAAUAUGCAGUUGAAGCCGGAGGCAUUGAAUGCUCUUAAGCUGCCAGUGAGAGUGAAGGCUGGUUUCCUUGGGUCGGUUAGACUCAAGGUUCCUUGGAGUAGGCUUGGUCAAGAGCCGGUUCAGGUUUACUUGGAUAGGAUCUGUAUAUUGGUUGAGCCAGCAACCCAGGUGGUUGGGUGCUAUGAAGACGGCCUAUUAGAAGCGAAGAAAAACCUAGUGCGGGAAAUGGAAAGGAAGCUUCUCGAGGCAAGGCAACACCAAAAAGUUGAAGUGAAUACAACAUGGCUUGGUUCUUUGAUCAAUACAAUUAUAGGAAAUUUGAAGCUUUCCAUAUCAAACAUCCAUAUCAGAUAUGAGGAUCUUGAAAGCAAUCCUGGACAUCCAUUUGCAGCAGGGGCAACAUUAGCAAAAUUGUCAGCAGUAACAGUGGAUGAAAGUGGGAAAGAAACUUUUGCUACUGGUGGUGCUCUAGGAGGCAUACAAAAGUUUGUAGAGCUGGAUCGGUUGGCCUUUUAUUUUGAUUCAGAUAGUUCUCCAUUGACAACCAGCAAACCAUGGGAGGAUUUGCUACCAUCUGAAUGGAGUCAGAUAUUUGAACUUGCAACUGGAGAAACAUCCUCUGCUUCCCAUAUCAAUGGACACAACUAUAUCUUACAACCAGUGUCUGGGAAUGCAAAAUAUGCCAAGAAGAGAGUAGAUGAAUCUGGAAGUCUUGACCAGCCUCUUCAAAGAGCAACAGUUUACUUGGACAAUGUUGUGUUAUGCUUGUCUAAGGAUGAAUACCGGGAUAUCUUGAAAAUGGCUGAUAAUUUCUCUGCCUUUAAUAAGCGACUAAAAUAUGCCCAUUAUCGUCCAGAUGUUGGAAUAAAAACGAACCCUAGAGUCUGGUGGAAAUAUGCUUUUAGAGUGACGAUUGACCAAUGUAAGAAAGCAAGUGGAAGGCUAUCUUGGGAUCAAGUUUUGAGAUACACAAAAUUAUUAAAGCGAUAUGUUUCUCUUUAUGCAUCUCUGUUGAGAUCCAACUUGGAUCGUUCACUUAUAGAUGAUCACAAAGAGAUUGAAGAACUUGAUCGCCAGCUGGAUGUUGAAGUCAUUGUUCAGUGGAGAAUGAUGGCGUACAAGUUUGUCGAGCAGUCAAUGGAAACUGGUAAUCAAAAGAAGCAGAAGGCAAAAGGGUCGUGGUGGUCAUUUGGACGGUCGGGCCAACCAGUUAAGGAUGGGUCAGAAGCCUGGAGUUUCAGUGAGGAAGACUGGGAACUGCUAAACAGGAUGAUUGGCUACAAGGAGGGUGAGGAUGAACGCUUGAUGGAACCAAAAGAAAACGUGCUGCACUCCUUGUUUGAAGUAUAUAUGAGGCGCAAUGCUUCAAAACUUGUUGGUGAUAAUCAGAAGUGUCUUGCUGAGCUAUCAUGUGACGCGUUGGACUGCUCUAUACAGUUGUAUGAAGAGAGAAAAAUAUUUGACUUAAAGUUGGGUUCUUACAGGCUUAAUUCUCCGAAUGGUCUUCUUGCUGAGAGUGCUGACAGGUAUGAAUCUUUAGUUGCUAAAUUCACAUACAUGCCAGUAGAUGUUCAACUGGACUGGAGUCUUAUAGCAAGAGCUUCUCCAUGCUACGUGACGUACUUGAAAGAUUCCAUUGACGAAAUUAUCAGCUUCUUCAGAAAUAGUGCAGAUAUUAGUCAAGCAAUUGCUUUGGAAACUGCCGCUGCUGUACAGAUGACAAUUGAUGGAGUCAAACGUACAGCCCAACAACAAAUUUCAAAGGCUUUAAAAGACCGUACCAGGUUUUUUCUGGAUUUGGAUAUUGCAGCACCGAAGGUUACCAUUCCAACUGCAUUUUUUCCAGAAGACUAUCAAGCAACAAAACUGCUGCUUGAUCUUGGGCAUUUUACACUUUGCUCACAGGAUGACCACGAUUCAAGUUCUGUGGAGGAAGAGGAGAUGUUUUUGAAGUUCAAGCUAGAACUGAAAGAUAUAUCUGCAUUUUUGAUUGAUGGUGAUUACUCUUGGGGUGAAAGAUCUCUUGGAUGUUCUGCAAGUUCUUCACAGCAAAAUGCAAAAAGAUUUCUGCCUGUUCUGGACAAGUGCGGGGUGGUAGUAAAACUUCAACAGAUUUGGGUUGAGCAUCCAUCAUAUCCUUCUACAAGGAUUUCUGCAAGGCUGCCAUCAUUAGUUAUUCAUUUCUCACCAGCACGCUACCAUCGGAUAAUGCAAGUUUUGAAGAUAUUUCAGUAUGAUGCAUCUGACAAUAGCUUGGACCUGCAUCCUUGGAGCCAAACUGAUCUUGAAGGAUGGCUCUCACUUUUGUCAUGGAAGGGUGUAGGAAAUAGAGAACCGGUGUGGCAAAGGAGAUAUUUCUGCCUUGUUGGACCAUUUCUUUAUAUACUGGAAAGCCCAGCUUCUAAGUUUUACAAGCAAUGCAUCAGCUUAUAUGGGAAACAGAUAUGGAAUGUUCCUCCAGAAUAUGUGGGAAAUGAAGGCCAUGUUCUUGCAAUAUGUGAUGGUGGAUGGUUGCCCAAUAUGAAGGUAGUGGAAGUAGGUAAUGCAGUAAUUAUUCGAUAUGACAAUGAGGAUUUAAGAGGAACGUGGAAGAGUCGACUUCAAUCUGCUAUCUACCAUGCAUCGGCGUCCGCUUCUAUCACCAAUUUCUCAGAAUCAUCUACUGAUGAUGGAUCUUCCAGUACUACAUCUAUUGAAGCCACAAAUGGGAAUGCCUCGAUUGGAAACGAGAGACUGUUUAUAAUUGGUGUUUUAGAUGAAUUAAGAAUCAAUUUUAGCAAUAGCUAUAAGACCAAACAGAAUUUCAAGGAGAUGCUCCUUGCAGAAGAAAGUCAUUUACUUGAAUUCCGUGCAAUUGGUGGUCAGGUUGAGCUUUCGAUCAGGGUUCAUGACAUGCGGAUUGGUACUGUCUUGAAGUCGAUGGAAAUUGAAGAUUUAUAUAGCCAUCAAGAGAAGGGUUCACCUCGUUAUGUUGCAAGAUCAUUUAUUGAGUGCAUGGAACAUGAAUCCAUUAGUACAUCAUCUUUUGAUAGCAACAGUGCUCAAACGAAAAAUGAUGAUGAAAAGUUUUUUGAAGCUUCUGAAAGUUUGGUGGAUUCAGUUGAUUACCAUGAAUCCCCUUUGAAAUCUUCUGAAGAUAUUAUGGCCAAGUUUGCAGCUGAAUCUGCCAUUUCCUCAAAGGAGCCUGCAAGUUUUAGUCGGAUAACUGGCUUGCUACCUGAUGAUGUUCAUGAUGACAGGGGUGGAAUCUCAAUUGGUGAUACCUUGGAUAACUUUGUAAAAGCCCAAAUUAUUAUUCAUGACAUAGAUUCACCAGCAUAUUCCAACAUAGACAAGGAGGUAAUUAUAUCCCUGGCAACAUUGUCAUUUUUCUGUUACAGGCCCACAAUCCUUGCAAUUUUUGAUUUUGUGAAUUCUAUUAACUGGGACGAUGGUGCGCAUGGGUCUGGCAACAAAAUUCAUGGGUCAUCAUCUACAUCAGAUAGUGCUAAUAUCAUAGAUGACCACACAGAAAAUCUAAACUCCAAGUUCCAGGACACUGUUGCGAGAGGGUUACUAGGAAAGGGAAAAUACAGGGUUAUGUUUUCAUUGUCCUUGAAUAUGGCCAAUGCCUGGAUAUUGUUGAUGAAGGAGGAUGGAAUACCACUUGCUACAUUAUCACAGAACAAUCUGCAUACUCAUAUAAGAGUGUUUCAAUCUUCGUUCAGCAUAAAUGCUGCUCUUGGAAAUCUGAAAAUAAGUGAUAAUAGCUUGACUCCCACCCAUGAUUAUUUCUGGAUUUGUGACAUGCGAGAUCCAACUGGCAGUUCAUUUGUUGAGUUGGAGUUCAGUUCAUUCUCUGUUGAUGAUGAUGAUUAUGAAGGCUAUGAUUAUGGGCUCUCUGGGCAGCUCUCGGAAGUAAGGAUUGUAUAUCUGCACCGCUUCAUUCAGGAGGUCACUAAUUAUUUCAUUGGGCUUGUACCCACUGAUCCAACAACUGUUAUCAAACUGAAGGACCAAGUGACAAAUACAGAGAAAUGGUUUACAACUAGUGAGAUUGAAGGAUCCCCUGCUAUAAGAUUUGACCUUUCCCUUCAAAAGCCUAUAAUUUUGAUGCCUCGUGGAACAAACAGCCAUGAUUUCCUAGAGUUAGAUGUUCUUCAUAUUACAGUCCAAAAUGAGUUCCACUGGUACUCUGGGGACAGGAAUAAUACAAGUGCUGUGCACUUAGAAAUAUUGACACUUGAGAUUGAGGGCAUAGAUUUGUCAGUUGGUACUGGAAAAAAUUCUGGUGAAAAUAUCAUCAAAGAUAUCAAUGGAGUAACUGUUGUUAUCAGGAGAUCACUUCGUGACCUUUUUCAUCAAAUCCCUGACCUGGAGAUGUCUAUCAAGUUGGCAGAGCUUAAAGCUGCUUUAUCUUGUAAGGAGUACCACAUCAUUUCUGAGUGCGCAUUGUCAAAUAUUUCAGAAACUCCGAAUGCUAUGCCUCCACUUGUUCAUGAAAACAAAACUGAAGAUGAUAUUCUCGAGCAAAACAUUGCUGAAACAUCACAUGUCAGAAGGUUUUCAUCUCAGGUUCAAGAUGAAUGGGCUUCCAUGAAGGUUUUCAUUUGUUUAGAUUUUGUGGAAUUAUCUGUGCAUUCAGGAGCAUCAAGGGAUUCAGCACUUGCUACCUUUCAGAUAGAUGGUGCAACUGUCAUGUACAAAUCUAGGUCUUCUGGUGAAAGCUCUGUUUUUGCAACCCUCAAGCAUUUCAGUGUUAUUGAUGAUCGAGAGGGGACACAACAGGAAUUUAAGCUUGCAAUUGGAGGACCUGAUAACAUUGACAACACAGUAGCUGAUCCAAUUGAGGUUUCAGAAUUUGAGCCAACCAAGAGAAGCAAUGAUAUUCUAAAGUACCAGAUACCAGUUGUGACAAUGCUUAUUAUUGACAUCAACUUUCAGAAGUCAGUGACUUCUGUAUCUCUGAGCAUUCAAAGGCCUCAGCUACUUGUUGCACUUGAUUUUUUACUUGCGCUCGUGGAAUUUUUUAUUCCUAACCUUUUCAGUGAGGUGUCCAAUCAAAAUACAGACUCCUUAGAUGUCAUUGAAGCAAUUGUACUUGAUCAACCAGUUUACUUUCAGCCAUAUGAAGAAUUCUCACUCUCACCUCAGAAGCCUCUCAUUGCUGAUUGUGAAGGAUAUGAUCAUUAUAUAUAUGAUGGUAAAGGUGGUUUUCUAUCUCUACAAGAUACGCAUGGAAUCGAUCUGUCAAAUCCUAGCGAUGAAGCCAUUAUAUAUGUGGGAAAUGGAAAAUUUUUGCAGUUCAAGAAUGUCACCAUAGAGAAUGGUGAAUACUUGGAUUCUUGUAUAUCAUUAGGAAGUGAUAGCAGGUAUUCAGCUUCUUCUGAUGAUCUUGUCUAUCUCCAGAAAGAUGAUAAUGUUUCUGCAAAAAGUUAUUCCAAAGUGGCAGAGUAUUCUUUAUUGAAUCCAUCUGCUAAGAGCAGUAGUUCAUUGACCAAGAUUGUCAUUGAGUUGCAGGCUAUUGGUCCAGAACUUACGUUUUAUACCACAUCAAAAGAUGUUGGAGAACCUUCAGCACUUCCUACUAAGCUGCUGCACGUGCAGUUUGACUUAUUCAGCAGGGUAAUUAUGGAAAAAAAUGAUAUUGAAAUGAGUGGAGAUGUUCUCGGAUUGACCAUGGAAAGUAAUGGGAUUAGGGUCAUAGAGCCUUUUGAUUCAUCCAUAACAUUCUCAAAGGUUUCUGGGAAGACAAAUAUUCACUUGAGUAUUUCAGAUAUAGUUAUGAAUUUCUCCUUCAGUAUUUUGCAGUUGUUCCUGGAAGUGGAGCAAGACAUUUUAGCAUUUUUGCGGAUAUCUAAGGAAGUUACUAUAGUUUGCUCUCAAUUUGAUAGAGUUGGAAUGGUUCAUGACGAGCAAAGAAAACAAGUAUAUGCAUUCUGGAGGCCUCGUGCUCCACCAGGGUUUGCUGUUUUGUGCGACUACCUGACACCAUUGAAUGAACCACCAACAAGAGGAGUCAUUGCAGUCAAUGCUAACUUUGCAAGAGUGAAGAGGCCUUUAUCAUUCAAGCUCGUUUGGUCUGCUCUAUUUUCACAGGAAUCUUUUGAAACCAAAAACCGUAAAAUUUGUGAGCCUGAUUCCAUAAGCAUAUCUCAGCAAACUGAUUGUAAAGGAAUUGAAGGAAUCUGUUCCAUAUGGUUCCCUGUUGCACCACCAGGUUAUGUUGCAUUGGGCUGUGUGGCUUCUUCUGGGAGAAAUCAACCUCCUCUAUCAUCGGUUUUGUGCAUUAUGGAGAAAUUGGUAUCACCAUGUGGACUGAGGGAUUGUAUAAUUAUCCAUUUUUCGGAACAGCAUGCAAACAAUCAAGCAUUUUGGAGGGUAAAUAAUUCUGUAGGAUCAUUUUUGCCUGAAGAUCCUACUAAUAAAAGAUUAGUUGGUAAAGCUUAUGAGUUACGGCAUAUGCUCUUCUCCAAACAUAUUGAAUCUUCUACACCCUCUGAUAUCCAACAUGUGCAAGGUCUUCUCCCUGAUGACAGCAUAUGCCCCUUGGACUCUGAAAGAGCUGCAGUGCCUUCUUCGGGGCGGAGAUAUGAAGUGGUUGGCAGGUUUAGCUUGAUUUGGUGGAACAGGGAGAGCAGUCCAAGGAAGAAAAUAUCCAUAUGGCGUCCUAUUGUGCCACAAGGGAUGGUUUUUUUUGGUGAUAUUGCGAUGCAAAAUUAUGAGCCUCCAAGUACUGUAAUCUCGCUUCAUCAUGAUGACAAUCAUGUCCUUUUAAAAGCUCCUUUAGGCUUUCAGCUUGUUGGUCAUGUCAAGAAACAAAAGGGAGUGGAUAGCAUUUCGUUCUGGUUGCCUGAGGCUCCUCCUGGGUAUGUUGCUCUGGGAUGUAUCGCUAGCAAGCUUCCUCCAAAAUUAGAUGAAUUCCAAUUAUUACGAUGCAUUCGGAGUGACAUGGUCGUUGGUGACCAAUUUCCAGAUGAAAGUUUGUGGGAUACAUCUGAACUUAGACGUGUAUUAGAACCAUUUAGCCUGUGGACACUGCAUGAUAGAGUAGGUACAUUCCUCGUUAGAAAUGGAUUAAAGAAGCCUCCUAAAAGACUUGCACUAAGAUUGGUAGUUGCAAAUGCAUCAAGCCAAUCAGAUGAUUUUGUUAUUGAUGCAGAAGUGAAGACAUUUUCCGUAACACUGUUUGAUGACUAUGGUGGAAUGAUGGUGCCAUUGUUUAAUUUCUCAUUAAGUAGUGUUGCUGUUGGUGUACAUGGGAAGCCUGGUGUUCUGAACUCAUCUGUGAGCUUCUCAUCAGUUGCGAAGUCAUUUAAUGACAAAAAUGAUUGCUGGGAGCCCUUUAUAGAGCCUGUGGAUGGUUUUAUAAGAUACCAGUAUGAUAUAAGUGCACCUGGUAUGUCAUCCCAGCUACGAAUUACCUCCACACGGGACUUGAACAUAAAUGUGUCAGUUUCAAAUAUAAACCUAAUUCUGCAAGCAUAUGCAAGUUGGAGUAGUCUUAGUCAGGUUAACAAAUCCUACAAGAUGAUGCGUCAUGAUUCUUUUACUUCUGAUGGGGGGUACAUCCUAGACACCCAUCACAAGAGAGUUUACUACAUUAUCCCAGAGAAUAAACUUGGCCGUGACAUUUUUCUUCGUGCCUUCGAAUCUGGUGGUAUUUCCAAAAUAUUCAGAUUGCAGUCAGCUAAUGCAAUGCCCAUUAAGGUUCCUGUAUCAAAGAGCAUGUGGGGUUGUCAUAUAAAGAGCAUAAAUGCUGUCACUUCGAGGAAGAUGAUUGCUGUAAUGAUUACUGAGGGAGAGUUUCCCUGUGAUGAUCUGGUGAACACUCACCAGUACAUGGUUGCGAUACGAAUUGCUCAAAAUGACUGCAUGCCAGUGUCCAAGCAGCAGCAGCAAACAGCACGCACAUGUUUUAUAAACUCAGAGUGUAAUUCUGAUGGUCUUUCUCUGGCUAAAUGGAACGAAAUUUUUUUCUUUAAAAUUGAAUCUGAGGAAAGUUGCAUGGUUGACAUCAUUGUGACUGACUUAGGAAAAGGUGAACCUAUAGGUUCUUGCUCAGCAUCUUUGAUGCAGAUGACCAAUCUGGUGGAUACCGGUUCAGCUUCUGAUUCUAAACAUAACUUGUCAUGGAUACAGCUGUCUGCAAUAAAAGAGACAGGGAAUAGGAUAUGUACAGGGAAGUCUGAUAUUUUCCAUGGGAGAAUACGAUGUGGGAUUGUCAUCUUUUCUCGUGCUGAUGUGGAGAAUGAGGGUCAGUUGUUCUCCGAAUAUAUGGAACCAGGUUCCCUUCAGAUCAGUCCUAGCAACCAUGGACCUUGGACUACUUUAAGGUUGAACUAUGCUGCUCAUGCAGCUUGUUGGCGGUUAGGAAAUGAUAUAGUUGCCAGUGAAGUUACUCUGAGAGAUGGUGAUAGGCAUAUCGCAAUUCGGUCUCUAGUUUAUGUUGUCAACGGUACAGAUUUAGCAGUUGACUUAGCAUUACGUUCCAAUUUUUCUGGGAGCCGGCCAAUAGACCAUUAUAUACCGAUGGAGAAAGGGGAAAUCAUCACAGAGGAAUUUUUUGAAGUUCAAACAUAUGAUCCCCAAACUGGAUGGGUGCAUCAUCACAGUGAUGACUCUUCAUCGUUAGACAAACAGCAGAAAGAUGGGCAGUCUUCUCAGAUGGUGCUCCCUGCUAUUGAGUUGCCGCCAGGAUGGGAAUGGGUUGAUGAUUGGAAUGUAGAUACAUCAUUAAACACUAUCGAUGGGUGGGUGUAUUCAUCAGACCUUGAAGGUAGAAAGUGGCCGAAUUUGUCUGGUCAUGAAAAAUCUUUACAGCAUGUGAGACAAAGGAAAUGGAAAAGAAAUAGGAGAAAGAUACCUGAUAGUGCCAAUAAGCAGGUCCUUGGACUUCUGAAACCAGGAGAAAGUAUCCCACUCUCUCUAUCAAGCCUGACAGCUCCUGGUAUAUUGGAGAUAUUGCCAAAGAGCUCCUCUGAUGAAAGCGAAUAUUCUUGGAGUUCAUUCUCUGACAGGUAUAUUAAGUCUACGGAUUAUGGCCAUCCUGAUGAAGUUCCUCAAUUUUGCCUGUCAUCUCUUGUUGAGGCUGAAGACCUUCUGCACUGUCCAUUUGCAAGUGGGAGUUCCUCUGAAGAUGCAAAUGGAUUAUGGUUUUGUUUGAGCACCCAGGCCACAGAGAUAGGAAAGGAUAUCCAUUCAAAUUCUAUCCAGGAUUGGAAGCUUGUGCUUAUCCCGCCACUAUCUUUUAUAAAUUUUCUUCCACUCUCUGUGGAGCUAUCUGUUCUUGAGAGAAAACCAUGUGGUGCUUUUGCUAUUCGAUCUCGAGGGGUUCUUCAUCCUGGAGAAAAGACAAAUGUCUAUAGUGCUGAUAUGCACAAUCCUUUGUAUGUUUCUCUCUUUCUCCAAGGGGGUUGGCAACCGAUAAACGAAGCGGUCUUGAUCUCCCAUCCUACUCAGAAGCCAUCCAAAGCUUUUAGUUUAAGGAGCACAUUUUCAGGAAGGAUCGUUGAAGUCAUUCUUGAGCAGAACCUUGGUGUGAACCAGCAAAUAGCAAAAGUUAUCAGGAUUUAUUCUCCCUAUUGGAUUGAAUUUUCAAGGUGUCCUCCACUUACAUGUAGAUUAGUAAGCUUACCAGCAAGAGGACGUUAUUCUUCUUCACUCCUUUUGAACAAAGACAAUGAGAAUGUUGUUGAAUUAACAAGCGACGAGAUGGUUGAUGGAUGUACAAUUGGCUCAGUGAUAAAUUUCGGAAAUAUGGGAAUGUCUGUUACAAUGAGUGGGCCUGACAAUCCAGUGUUCGGUCCAGUUUCAGAUCUUUCUCUGCUUGGUGGUCUGGAUGGCUCAAUUAUUGUUAAAGCCUAUGAUACUGAUAACAAGUGCAUCCGUUUGUUUGUCUCUGCAAAACCUUGCCCAUACCAGUCUGUUCCAACCAAGGUAAUAUCCAUUCGCCCUUUCAUGACUUUUACCAAUCGUUAUGGCCAAGAUAUUUAUCUUAAGCUAAACACGGAUGAUGAACCAAAAAUUCUCCAUUUAUAUGAUUCAAGAGUAUCAUUUGCCCACCAUGAAAAUGGAGAUUCAGAAAAACUUCAGGUUCGACUGGACGAUACUGAUUGGUGUUUCCCUUUGCAAAUUCGAAAGGAAGAUAAUAUCACCUUAGUAUUACGGAUGGACAAUGGUGAGAGAAGAUUUGUGAAGACUGAAAUUCGUGGCUAUGAGGAAGGUUCAAGAUUUCUUGUUGUUUUUCGUCUGGCAUCUAUAAAUGGUCCCAUCAGGAUAGAGAACAGAGCACCUCGUAAACUUAUUAAUGUUUGUCAGUAUGGCUUGUGUGAUGCUACUUGGAUCCAGUUGCAACCUUUGUCUACCACAAGAUUUGCAUGGGAAGAUCCAUACGGACAAAAGGUUCUUGAUGUAAAAAUCCAAUCUGAAGGAAAUACUUCAUUUCACAAGUUCAGCUUUGAGAAUCCUGAAACCUGCACCUUGUGUGGUGGGGAGAUGUGUUGUGUUCAACUCGUGAUUACAGAACAUUCAGAUAUCAAAGUUGCUAGAUUUGUUGACUGUAUACCCAGGAAAGGUGAACCGGAAACAAUUGGAAGGUGGUGGGGUGGUCUAUAUGGUGAAACCAAUCAGCAGAAUAAGGUGCCACCUAUGGAGCUGACAGUUGAGUUUGGCAUACUUGGUGUUUCUGUGGUUGACCAGAGUCCUAGGGAGCUUUUGUAUAUUUACCUGGAAAGAGUAUAUAUUUCAUAUCUAACUGGAUCUGAUAGUGGAACAACUAGCAGGUUCAAGCUCAUAGUAGGCCAUUUGCAGUUUGACAACCAGCUUCCACUUACUGUGAUGCCAGUGCUGCUUGCACCUGAAUACAAGAGUGAUGCACAUCGGCCUGUUUUCAAGAUGACUAUCACAAUGAGCAAUGAUAAUACUGAUGGCUUUCUAAUCUUUCCAUAUGUAUAUGUGCGGGUUGCUGAAAGAUACUGGAGGAUAUCCAUUCAUGAGCCGAUUAUAUGGGCGUUAGUGGACUUCUAUGGGAGCCUGCGUCUGGAUCGUCUUCCUGGAAAAUCUAGUGUUACUAAUGUGGAUCCUGAAUUACGAAUAGACUUAAUAGAUGUUUCAGAAAUCAGAUUGAAGCUAGCUUUGGAGCCUGCUCCAACUCAAAGACCACCUGGCAUCCUUGGCAUGUGGAGUCCUAUACUUUCUGCUGUUGGAAACGCUUUUAAAAUUCAGAUUCAUCUUAGGAAGGUCAUGCACAGAAAUAGAAUCUUGCGGAAAAGUGCUGUUGUUAAUGCAAUACUGAACCGCAUCUGGAGGGACCUGAUUCAUAAUCCAUUGCAUCUGAUUUUUGCUGUGGAUGUGCUUGGCAUGACAAGCUCUACGUUGGCCACCCUCAGCAAAGGAUUUGCUGAGCUUUCUACUGAUGGACAAUUUCUCCAACGGCGAUCAAAACAGGUUUCAUCAAGGAGGAUCACUGGUGUUGGAGAUGGUAUUCUUCGAGGAACUGAGGCUUUGGCACAAGGAGUUGCAUUUGGUGUGUCAGGAGUUGUGACUAAGCCUGUGGAAAAUGCCAGACAGCGUGGAGUCCUCGGAUUUGCUCAAGGUGUUGGACAAGCUUUUCUAGGAGUUGUUGCCCAACCUGUAAGUGGGGUUUUAGACUUCUUCUCCUUGACAGUAGAUGGUAUUGGUGCAAGUUAUACAAAAUUCCUGGGCAUGUUUGGCAACAACAUAACUCUCCAUAGAGUACGGAAUCCUCGUGUUAUACAUGCACAUGACGCACUCAAAGAGUAUUCAGAGCAAGAAGCUGUUGGCCAGAUGGUGUUGUAUCUUGCAGAAGCAAGCAGGCAUUUUGGGUGUACAGAAAUAUUCAAAGAACCGUCAAAAUUUGCCUGGACUGACUUCUAUGAAGAACAUUUCAUGCUGCCACAUCGCCGCACUUUUCUCAUUACAAACAGGCGUGUCAUUAUGCUGCAGUGUUCUGUUCCUGACAAGUUGGAUAGGAAACCAUGUAAGAUUUUAUGGGAUGUGCCAUGGGAAGAACUCCUGGCAUUGGAACUGGCAAAAGUUGGUUAUGCAAAACCAACGCAUCUGAUUCUCCAUCUCAGAAAUUUCAGAAGAUCUCAAAAUUUUGUUCGUGUGGUCAAAUGCAAUGUCAAUGAUGAGGAAGUGGCAUCAGAUAGUGAAGCUACAAGAAUCUGCUUCACAGUGCGUAAGACAUGGAAAGCAUACCUUUCAAGAAUGAGAAGCCUGCGUUUGAAGGUUCCCUCAAUCAAGCAUUAUGUGUUUUUUCCCUGUGAUGAAGCUGGUGGAAGUGUGUCUCCUAGUCAAGUGAAACCUGUGAUAAGGACGAGGGAAUUUUUAUCUUCAGAUUUAGCUCCCAGUGAGAAAUUUCAAGAUUAUACUGUCAAUUUUCUGAAGAUCUGGAGCAGUGAUCAGAGAGUUCGGUUUGCUUUGUGCCCCAAGCAGGUAGGGGAUGAUGCAGAAGUAUGCAGUAUAUGGAGCCCAAUCUGCCCAGAUGGCUAUGUCUCUGUGGGUGACAUAGUCCGUCUUGGCAGUUAUCCGCCAAAUGUGGCUGCUGUGUACCAAAAUGUUUCUGGAAAGUUUGCACUCCCUUUAGGUUAUGAUCUGGUGUGGAGAAAUUGUUUCGAUGACUAUGUGACAAAAGUAUCCAUCUGGUACCCACGACCUCCUGAAGGUUUUGUGUCAAUCGGAUGUGUGGCUGUAGCAGACUAUACUGAGCCCAGGCACGAUGCUGCAUACUGUGUGCAUGAAAGCCUUGUUUCGGAUGCAGAGUUUGAGGAGCAAACCGUUUGGAAGGCUCCAAAUUCUUAUCCUUGGGCUUGUUACUUAUAUCAGGUAAACAGUGAUGCUCUCCAGUUUGUCGCAUUGCGACAAAAAUGGCAGGACCUGAACUGGAAGCCCGUGAGAGUUGAAUCCUCUCGCCUACGAGAAGCUUUGCAGGAUUGAUUUGCGGCCUUGCUCAAUUCUUGCAGUUCUGAGUUGAAUCACCCACAUGAAGCUACGCAGGAUUUGUUUGCUGCGGUGUUCAAUUCUUGUAGUCCUCUGCAGCUAUCAGUCCCACGUUUCUGCAACUUCUAAGCAAAUUUCGUCAGUAAAAUAGGCAAACUUAGCUGCCUUGGUUUGUAGAACGGGAAGGUUUAUGUGACUACCCAAGAGGACUGUAUAUGCUGAUCUGAUGGACAUCGCUUGCCAAUAAUUGGUGGCGUCCAUCAAGAGGCUUGGCGUUUGAUGUUCUUUACAAUGAGGUUGUUGCGGCUUGUAAAUACGAGUACUUUUGUUCCUGAUAUGUCUCUUGGGGUUCUCAGAGCUUCUUGUGACAUGUAAUAUGUUUGUUCAAUUAUAAAGAAAAACACUUCGUCCUUA